UUGUUAUUUCUUACAGGUGAAAUCUGUGCUUUUAAAAUCCAUGGACAAGAAAUGCCCUUUGAAGCUGUAGUCCUAAACAAGACAUCUGGAGAAGGUCAGCUUCAAGCAAGAAGUCCAAUUGACUGUGAAUUGCAGAAGGAGUACACAUUUAUCAUUCAGGCAUAUGACUGUGGGACAGGGCCUAGUGGAACAAACUGGAAAAAAUCUCACAAAGCUGUGGUCCAUAUCCAAGUAAAAGAUGCUAAUGAAUUUGCACCUGCUUUUAAAGAAGCAUCUUAUAAAGCUACUGUGACAGAAGGAAAGAUCUACGACAGUGUGUUACAGGUAGAAGCCAUGGAUGAAGACUGUUCUCCUCAAUACAGCCAGAUAUGCAAUUAUGAAAUUGUCACAACUGAUGUUCCGUUUGCAAUUGACAGGAAUGGGAAUAUCAGAAAUACUGAAAAUCUCAGUUAUGACAAAGAGCAUCAGUAUGAAAUAAUGGUAACAGCUUUUGACUGUGGGCAGAAACGUGCAACUGAAGAUGUCCUGGUACGUGUUGAAGUUAAGCCUGUGUGUAAACCUGGAUGGCAAGGCUGGAAAAGACAUAUUGAGUACAAGCCUGGUUCGGGGAGCAUACCUUUAUUUCCCAUUAUUCACCUGGAGACUUGUGAUGGACUUGUUUCUUCUAUCCAUGCCACUGUUGAGCUUCAGACCAACUAUAUUGGAAAAGGCUGUGAUCGUGAGACAUAUUCAGAGAAAUCUCUGCAGAAAUUAUGUGGAGCAUCUUCAGGUGCCAUUGACCUGUUACCAAUACACAGUACUACAAAUAACUGGACAGCUGGUCUUCUGAUGGACAGCAAUGACAUGGUUUUUAAAUUUGAUGGAAAGCAAGGUGCCAAAAUUCCUGAUGGAAUAGUACCAAAGAAUCUAACUGAUCACUUUACCAUCACCAUGUGGAUGAAGCAUGGCCCAAGUCCAGGAUUAAGAGCAGAGAAAGAAACUAUUUUGUGUAAUUCUGAUAAGACAGAAAUGAAUCGACACCAUUAUGCACUUUAUGUGCAUAAUUGUCGACUAGUAUUUUUGCUACGGAAAGAUUUUGACCAAGCUGAUACCUUCCGUCCUGCAGAAUUUCACUGGAAGCUUGACCAGAUUUGUGAUAAAGAAUGGCACUACUAUGUUGUCAACAUUGAGUUCCCAGUAGCUACUUUGUAUAUGGAUGGUACAACAUAUGAACCAUAUCUUGUAACUAAUGACUGGCCUAUUCAUCCCUCACACAUAGCAAUGCAACUCACUGUGGGUGCCUGUUGGCAAGGAGGAGAAGUCACAAAGCCCAGAUUUGCUCAGUAUUUCCAUGGCAGUCUUGCCAGUCUUACCAUACGACCAGGCAAAAUUAAGAGUCAGAAAGUGAUUUCCUGCUUGCAGGCUUGCAAGGAAGGUUUGGAUAUUAAUUCCCUGGAGAGUCUUGGCCAAGGAAUAAAG